UCCAGACAUGUGGUGAUUAUCCCCUUCUUUUGCAUCACAGCGAGAACUGAAGGAUAUCAAGGAAAUCCCCCUAUGGAAUAUUUGCGGUGGAAGUGUUUGGAUUCACUGGAUUUUGGUAGAAGGAGCAUUUCUAGGACAGUUUAUUAGCCAUGCUGGUAAUGGAGGUGACAAAGCUCCACGUUCCCAAUACUGCUCAGGUAUGAGCCAUAGCCUGGACCCUUCCUGGGGUGCUGUCAACAGGGGUACAGCAGACUGGUUCGGGGUGAGCAAGGACAGUGACAGCACCCAGCGAUGGAGGAGGAAGAGCCUGCAGCACUGCAGCCAGCUCUACGGGGGUCUCAAGGCUCAGGUGAUGAGGAGCAUGGAGCUACCCAGCCAGGACAACAUCUCCCCGGCCAGCACCGACAUCCCUCCUCCCCUCUACCUCCACCACCCCAGUCAACAUCCCUAUGGCAUGCAGAGGAUUGUGGACCCCCUGGCUCGGGGUCGUGCCUUCCGUGCGGCGGAAGAGGUCGACUUCAACGUCCCGCCAGCUCCCGUCACGCCAUGCGGCGCCUCGCUCUGCUCCUUUUCCAGCUCACAAUCGGCCCUCAACCGGUUGCCACGGCGACGCAAACGGCAGUCGGUUGCUGUCAUGAGUCUGAAAGCUGCCGCGGCACUAAUGAAGGGCCGUACAUUAAGCGAAAGCACAACAGGCCGAUGCCGAACGCGAAGUUUCCUGCCACGCGGUGUCUUCGAAGACGACACUGUGGACUUUCCCGAUGAUCUGGAUACAUCUUUCUUCACUGGAGAGGGCCUGCAGGAUGAGCUGUCCAGCUAUGCCGAUGAGGUUUUCGAGACGGCGUCGGAGGCUGCACGUCAAACGGUGGAUGAGGGCGAGCUGACAGGAAGUGCUUUGGAUAGAAAUGAACUGGAGAGGAGCCACCUGAUGCUGCCAUCAGAGCGAGGAUGGCGCAAGUCAAAAGACGGCUCGCCGGUCCAACCUAAGCUGCGUUUUAAUCACGACGUGGUGAGUCGACAGCGUGGCCAAAGAAUCGUGGUUCCCGUUCAGAAGCUGUUUGCCCGAGAAAAGAGGCCUUACGGGCUAGGCCUGGUCGGCCGCCUUACCAACCGAACGUAUCGCAAGCGCAUUGACAGUUACGUCAAAAGGCAGAUUGAGGACAUGGAUGAUCACAGGCCUUUCUUUAGCUACUGGAUCACAUUUGUGCAUUUACUCAUCACCAUUCUGGCUGUCUCCAUCUACGGCAUCGCUCCUAUCGGCUUCUCUCAACACGAAACUGUUGAUUCAGUACUACGGAACCAGGGGGUGUAUGAAAAUGUGAAAUUUGUGCAGCAACAAAAUUUCUGGAUCGGCCCAAGCUCACUGAGAGAGGCUCCAGCACCCCCCACAACCCCAAAAGGGACAAGCGGUAGAAAAUGGAUGGAUGGAUGGAUGGCAUUUCAUAUAUCGCUUAUCCUCAUUAGGGUCACAGGAGGCGCUGAUCCACCUGGGAGCCAAGUUUUCCCCGUGCAUGCGUCAGGAUCAGGAAAUCCACAGGCUGGUCCAGGAGAUAAGGGCCAAAGAGAGAGAGUCUGGAUGCUGCGUGAGGAACGAUCGCUCUGGCUGCUUACAGACCUCUCAAGACGAGUGCUCGACCACCUUGGCAUUGUGGGUAAAGUGGCCUCAGCACCCCAGUGCCACUUAUUUGAAUAAUAAACUACGCCAAUACGGUGCAGUCUGCCAUCAGGAUCCCAGGUAACAUCACACUG